AUGUUCGCAAUACAGCCACCUAAGAACAACACUGAUUCACAUCAACGUAAUUCAUCAAUUACUCCAAACAUUCUUCCGUGCCGGAUUCAUCAUGACGGACCUGUUGAAAUCUCGGCUAGAUACUGGAAUCCGGUAGUUGAUGAGAGCAAUCCUGACACUGCAACCGCAUACUUCCGAGGUAGAAGGCUUAGGGGACGGAGAGUUCUUAUCCCAGAGGGAUACGAGGGCGUUCUUGCAAGUACAGAUUCAAGUCUCCAACUAGCAGCAUUGGAAUCCGGAACCAAGAAGAAUGACCAAGGGCGAUCGCAUCGAAAUUUCGAUCUGGAAGAAGACGAAGAUGAUGAUCAUCACGAUGAUAGCGAUGAAGAUUACUGGAAGUCGUUCGCAGUAGUCGAAAAACAAGGUUCAUUUUCGGAUUUCAUGGUAUGGGACCAUGAAAAAGUACCAGCCGCUGAUGACCCUUUUGUUAAGGGCGUCAGCGAGUGGAUUCGGUUCGCUGAGGCGAUGCAUGCAGCACCCUCUAAUCCAGCACGGCAAGAUAAUGGAAGGGUCUAUAUGGAGCAAAAAGAGAGGGGCGAGACCCAAAAGGAUUGCAGGAACUCGGCAUCUUCAUAA